AUGGCUUUCCGAAAUCUUUCUCCGGAGGAUGUUAUCUCUAGAGGUACUAGAAUUGUGCGAACAGGAUUGGAGGGUGGAAAGAUUGUCGGAACCUACGGCAAGCCUGCACUUGAGGAGUCCGCUAAAUUAACAGCUCAGGCAGCCAACUGGGGAGCCCGAAACCCUAUUCUAGCCACCUGCGCUGUUGUCGGAACCACUGGUGUCGUUGUUAUCGCUGUUCCUGGCCUCGUAACAGCCCCAGUUCUAUCGAGUAUGGGAUUCACAUCGGGCGGCAUCCAAGCAGGUUCUACAGCCGCUGCCGCUCAUAGUUGGAUCGGAAAUUUUGCAGCCGGGAGCUCGAUGGCUAUAGGACAGAGUGCUGGUACAGGAGGGAGUGGCCUUGUAGUUGUCAAUGGGGCUGCCCAGUUGGGGGGUGCUGCGAUGACUGUGGGAAGUGCUAGCCUAGCGUGGGUCAAAGCUAAACUAUGA